AUGUUCCUGUUCCAAAAAAGAUUAAUGAACCUAUCACAAAGCUCUCAGUAACCUAUUAGACUUAAACCUAAGUUCUAUUCAUAGCAGAAGGAAAAUAUGCCUGUCCAAAGAGAUCUACCUAAAGUGAAUUUGAUAAACAAAUUGAAUGAAGCCUCGAAAAUUCCGAAGCCUCAACCUAAGCAAUAAGUUCAAAUUACCUAAAAGACGAUUUCCAAGGAUAUUUGGCACAAAAAGUCAGUCUCCAUGAAAAUGAGAAAUGCUAAUUUAAAAGAUGGCAAGAAGAUAGUUUGUGGAUAACUAAUAAAAUAUAAAAAAGGCGAUUAGAUCUAUGCUUUUAGAUGUAUCAAAGAUACUAUGAAAUAAUGCAAAUUAAAAGAUAUUUAGUAAGAUCAUGAUGUUGAUACCGAUGAUGAAUAAAUUUUCAUUGCCACCAAAAACAUGUUUACCAGCUUAUGUUAAAGCAUUAAAAGAGAGCUGUUUCACAAUGAAGAUAAUUAAAACGAAAACAAAAUUGUAUUAGAUGAUGAUCUUUUGUGA